AUGACUGUGAUGUAUCUCCACUGGUGGAGGCAGUAUUCUUCUGGAUACAAGUUGCUGGGGAACACUAACUAUAUUUACAUCUCUAGAUUUUUUAUGCUGCUCUCUGCUGUGACUUCCUAUGGGUCUGUGGUCACUGGGACAUUUUGCCUCACACCCAUCCAACCGCCAAAGUGGUGGACGACAACGUGGCCCACACUAACCAUCGGCCUCUGUUUUGUCUCGGGCUUCAAUGGAGCAAUGGGCCUCUUCAAUUACAUGAGGGCAGCCACUGAGAUGCCCAACACUUUCCUUUCGUGGUCCCUGGCACCAGGGUGGUUCUCUGUCAUUCUGGCAACCAUGGCAGGAGUUUGUCACUUGGUGGCGAAGAAAUGGGAGCAGGAUGAAGAUACCACAGAGCUUUUCGCAGGCAUGUCUGUAAAGACACUGAAAGAGGACUUGUUGCAAAACCCUGUCUCUCAGUGUGCCCUCAGAGGGAGGCCGAAGGGGAAGGAGACACGCAGAAGGAACCUCCGUGAUGAGAGGAAAUUAUUUCUAAUCGUGGAAGUUGUCCUUGCGAUCUUCUUUGGCUCCCCUUUUCAGACGUUACAUUGCCGACUGGAAGGAACUCAGACGCCGCUCUGA